CGAGUCACUCGGGGCGUCCGGGGGCCGCCAUUUUCCUCCAGUGAGGUAGUGAGCAUCGCGAAGCAUCAGUUAACACAACAAUCCCCGAAUAUUAAAAAAUCGAAAGCCCGUAAAACUCACCGAGACAAUCGCCCACUUCCCCCCAAUAACUCACAAAUCCCAGUUUUUCCAACAAAUGUGCAUCGGAUUCCGUAGAUGGUGGGUUAAUCCUAGAACACCCGAGGGCCCACUCUGAUUGUUUCCCCAAACACCUGAACCCACCAAUUAAAACGACCAAAAAAGUUGUUGAUAAUAAUAAAUCAAAAAACCCAUAAAUCGUUGUUUCCCCCCCGAGACUUUGGCGUUCGUUAACUCCGUCUCCUGUGCGAGAUCCAGUUAUUAAUUGUGCCGAGAAUACCCCCAGUGACAAGAAAAAAAAAUCGGUGGAUCCACCGGUGGGGGGGUAACAACAAGUAUUUAACAAUUAGUGCUCAAAAUACAAGUGAAUUAACGAAAAAAAAAUAGUGGGGGGAAGUGCUGCAUGAGGGAUUGAAGUUCGACGAGAGCGCAAUUACAAUCGAUAAAAAUAAACCGCCAAUUGAUAAGACGUCAACGGUGGAUUAAUCGAAGAUUUGCUGUGGGUCUCCGACAGGACUGUCGGUAAACAACGACUCCGUGAUGUUUUGGAGAUUCGACGAUUCACCCUCGAAUACGUAUGAAACAACCGUAGUGAAGAAACAAUCAGUGUGACAAAGCAUUAAAAAAAAGUGUGCGAUACAAUAAUUAAAGGGAUUUUGACAAUACAUUGGGUUUUUAAGACAGACAAUUCGAGAUAUUGGUGGUAUUUUUUUUUAUUUUGUUUUGGUUUUGUGGACAUUUGUAACCAGAGGGGAGAGAAAAACCAGGGGAACAGCCCUAUUUGAUAUUAUUUUUUAUCACUCGGUGUUUGAUUGGAUUGGAUUUUGUUUUGAGUCUGGAAUUUUAGUGCAUCUAAAGGAGAGUUUGUUUUGGUUAUUUAAUCAGGUGUGAGAAUAGUUACAAAAUAGGGGGGCUGUCUGACCGAUGGACAAACGUAAGAUGCUGACGAAACGCCCGCGAAUGGAUACCAUGAGGGGCCCUAUUGCCAAUGGGCCCAUCCAAACCCGACCGCUAGUUGCAUUACUUGAUGGACGUGAUUGUUCCAUUGAGAUGCCUAUUCUUAAGGACGUUGCGACAGUUGCGUUUUGCGACGCACAAUCCACAUCGGAAAUACAUGAAAAGGUACUAAAUGAGGCAGUUGGAGCACUGAUGUGGCACACUAUUAUUCUAACUAAAGAGGACCUUGAAAAAUUCAAAACACUAAGAAUUAUCGUAAGAAUUGGCUCGGGAGUUGACAACAUUGAUGUUAAGGCUGCUGGUGAGCUCGGUAUUGCUGUGUGCAAUGUACCUGGUUAUGGUGUUGAAGAAGUGGCCGACACAACUCUGUGUCUCAUCCUCAAUCUCUAUCGUCGUACAUACUGGCUUGCCAAUAUGGUGCGAGAGGGAAAAAAAUUCACUGGUCCUGAGCAGGUGAGAGAGGCAGCCCAGGGUUGCGCUAGGAUACGAGGUGAUACACUUGGAAUCGUAGGACUAGGAAGAAUUGGUUCGGCUGUUGCAUUGCGUGCCAAGGCAUUUGGAUUUAUUGUCAUGUUCUACGAUCCAUAUCUACCUGAUGGCAUUGAAAAAUCACUUGGUCUCACGAGAGUCUACACGCUACAGGAUUUGCUCUAUCAGUCUGAUUGUGUCUCACUUCAUUGUACUCUCAAUGAGCAUAAUCAUCACUUAAUUAAUGAAUUUACCAUCAAACAGAUGAGACCUGGAGCAUUUUUAGUAAACACAGCACGAGGUGGCCUCGUGGAUGACGAUGCACUGGCAGCUGCACUGAAACAGGGAAGAAUUCGUGCAGCAGCCCUCGAUGUCCAUGAGAACGAGCCAUACAAUGUCUUUCAGGGUCAGUCAAAUGCCCAAUGUCCACUUAAGGAUGCACCAAAUCUACUGUGUACACCUCAUGCAGCGUUCUACAGUGAUGCAAGUUGCUCGGAAUUGCGUGAAAUGGCUGCGACUGAGAUACGACGAGCCAUUAUCGGUCGUAUUCCUGAUUGUUUGAGGAACUGCGUGAAUAAGGAAUAUUUCCAUUCGUCCACUGGGAAAUAUUUCAACAGCAGCUACCCAGAGGCAAUAAACGGUGGAUACUACGCGGGAGCUCUACCAAUGCAACAGGCACACUCAACGACACCCCAUGAUUCAGCUCCACCACCACCUGGUGGUCAUUCAGUUGUUGGCGCUGGUGGAGGUGGUAGUGCUAGUGGUCCAAACUCAUCGGCAGGUGGUGGUAGCACUGGUGGACCAACAGUGGGUGGAGGUGGACCAACAGUUGGUGGUGGUGGUAGUGGUGGACCAGCAAGUGCACCACCAAGUGCUGGUUUACCUGGACUACCACACAGCAUAGUUACUGAUCCUGAUCCACGACCAAGUCCACCGGCUCCAAGCCCACGUUGACCAUGAGAAUAAUUUUUCAUUUUCCAUAUUUUUCUUUUCUAACAUCCACAAGAGAUAAAGAAAAACAAAGGGGAAUAAUUAAUACUUUUCAAGCACCAUCCUGGGAUCUUUAAGAGAAAAAAAAGCAAAAUUAAUAGUCAAAUCUCCUCCCUUUUAACAAAUUGAGAACACGAAGAAACAAAAAGAAUUCCACCAUUUGCACGAGAUCAUUACCAUUCGUCUGGAAGGAAGAUUGAACAAAAAAAUGAAUACUUGAACCAAAAUUGGACGUCGCCUGGAAAACAGGAAAAGACUAAACUGCAAAUAUUUCCUCAUUUUUUGUUUUCUUUUUACACCUUUUGUUGUUUUCUACGAGGGAAAAAAAAAAUCACUGGAAUCAUCGAUUGACGAUUAUUUACGUGCAUGACUCCUGCACAACUGAUAUUCCAAAAUCUGUCCGCUGCUUCCGAGAACAAAAAGGAAAGAAACAAUUACCUAAAGAUAAAAGAAGAAAAAAACAGUAAGAGAGUGAAAGAGUUGAAAGAAUGCCUGAGUAAUAAUGAAAUAAAAGUUAUUUUGUGCGUCGAGAGGGGGAGGAGAGCAAGAUGAAUAGAAGAAGAAAGAAUUAUAAAUGACUGGAUGAAUGUGAGAGUGAGUUUAAAUUUCAAUUUUUUUGUUUUCGUUUUUUUUUUCUUGUGAAGCUUUUCUGGUAUGUCGAAUAUAAUUGUGGAUGUUUAUGACAAGAUCGGUGGAAUAGUUCGAAGGAAAAUUGAAAGGAAAAAAUAGCGAUUGCUGUAGAUAACAAGAGGAUCCAGACAAGAUGCUUCUUUAGAGUACUUUUUUAGAUUUACACGAAGAAAAUGGAUUUUUUCUUUUUAUUCUAAUGUAAUACACAUCUCUUUUUUAUUUAGGCUCUUACUCUCGUAUCAGUUAUUUUCUAUGAAUCUUCCUCCUGACAAUCUGCAGCAUCGCAUUUUUUGGCAUUUUGUGGAGAUUUCCCAUUAGAACGAGAGAAACAAAAAAAAUCAUUAAAUACUUUUUCUUCUUUUUAAUUAUCGUCGCUGUUUCCGUUCAUUUACUCAACCGCUGAUUCUCAUUCAUUGAAGAUAUUUACAUCUCUAGUUACAUACUGUGUAAUAUAUGAAGUACACCAUUAAACAUCUUUCUCUUAUUACUUGUUUGUCAUGUAAUUUGGGGUUUUAGAAGUCAUUGAAGAACAUAACGACGAUAACUGAAAUUGGGAGGAGGUCGAGGGUCGAUUAAAUACCUUUGUAAUGGUGGAAAUAUUGAGAACGAAGAGAUAAUAAUCCAAGUGAUGCUGCUGUCAAUGAACAACGUCAUGGAACCGAAAACGUGCAGCAUAUUGUCGACAAAAAUGAAACAUGAACGUGAAAAAAUCAUAAAAUUAAAGACAAAAACAUUAUAUAUAUGUUAAUUAUAUAUAUAAAAGUAUAAAAUAAAUAUAACUAUCACGAGAGACAACUGAAGAACACCUAGAACGAGAUAUACAACUGAAGAUCAUUGUUUAAUGCUCGCAAAUGUGUGAUUGAUUGGAGUUUUUCCAUAUGUACAGUUUGAAGAGAAAAAUGUCUCGAUAAUUUUCUUGUCACAUUUGCGGGGUGAGACAAUUUUGGUACAUUAGAACGUGAAGAGAACUAAAAUGCUUGGAAAAAAAUCCUCUUAUUAUAUUUAUAAAUGAUCCAUCAGCACUAAUUCCUCCCCGCGUUUUAGUCAUUUUUGGGUUUUGAUAUUAACGAGGAAACCGCGAUGGUAGACCACCAACAAUUUUGUAUGAAAAAUAAAACGAUAAAUUUCAAUUUUUUUUUCAUUAUUUGGUCAUGAAAUUGUGGAGAAUUGCAAAUAACGAGUGAAAGUGCUGAACAGUGAAAGUAUGGGACGAGAGUGAAAACAUCAAGUUUUAUUAAUUAAUUGAUGAUAUGAGUAAUUAUAGAAAUUAAGUCGAGUAUUUUCUUUGGAAUUUUAUGGAGAAGUAGAAUGUUUUUAGAGCAUCAGUGAAGCUGUUGUGGAUGAAUGAUACUUUCUUUUUCAAAAACAAGAUGAUGGAAAUCGGCAGAGAUUUGGUAUCGAUUAAUUGAUAAUAAAAUGAAUUGCAGAAAGAUAUAUUUUAGAGAGAAACAUAUCUACUCAGUUUAUUUGGUCACUUUAUUUUAUUCUGAUUUAACGACAUUUUUCAUUGGGUAAAUGAAGAAUGCAACUACCAUCGCGGAUUAUUUGAGAGUAAGAACAUUUGUGUAAAAAUUUCCAUGAUAAAAAUUGACUCAUUCCAACCGACGGAACCGAAGAGGUGAAACGAAAAAUUGAACAUUUUUCUGGAGCAAGUGAUCCCUGAUAAAAACUAAUCUUCAAUUUAAAAAGAGAGAGAAAGCUAAAUAAAUAAAGAGAUACGUGAAAAAGCAUCACAUACACAAUUCAUGUACACAGAGAAUAAUGACAGACGCGAGGAUAAAAAUAUUUCUAUGUAGAUUACGUGCAUAAAAGAAUAAAAAAGUAAAAAAAAGUAAAAGUAAAAAUUAAACUGCGUACGUUUGCGACUGAUAAGAGGACCUCUGAUGAUAAAAAAAUUGACGAAAGAAUCAGUGAGUUAAUGAUGUUUAAAAGAAAAUUUUUUUGAAAUUUGAUCAACUCGUCUUAGCGCACUCGUACAAAGUAAAACAUUACAAGUUAGAUGCAUUAUACAAUUUCUUUUCUUUUUUUUUCUAAGAAAUAUUAAUUACUUAUACAUCAUUAUACAUAUUAGAGAUCAAGAGUGAAAGACAGAUGAAAGUACGAAUGAUUUGAGAAUGUGUAAAUGACUUGAGACUAAGUGCGUGAAGAAAGGAAUGAAGAUAACAAAAAUGAAACAAAAAAAAUUGUUCUUAUUAUAGUUUUUAAUCUGAGAAAGAGAGGCAAAUCAAUGUGGCGAUGAAAUAAUCGAAGUAAAUGUAACAUUUCCUUCA